GGUCCCUAAACUUCUCGUGGCAUGUUAACGUCCUGCCAUGGCCAUUGCUUCAGGAUUGGGAUUCGCUUGCCGACCCCAUCAUUUCCCUAUUCGCUCUCCUCUCCGCCAUUGUGUGAUUAGCAAGGUUCGACCCAGCACGAUCGCAGCAAUCGAAACAUUUAAUGAACCGGAGAGUCUCUACGUCAAAGACAACACUAAUCAUGAUUCGGUUAGUCCUAAUGGGAAAUUGAUGGAAAGUGAUCGAAAAGCACCGAAAUGGAAGAAAUUGGGUUCCAAAGACAUUGGAAUUAGUACUUCAAUGAUUGCAAGGCCUACAAGAGUGGUUUUGAAUGGGCUCAAAAGAAAAGGGUAUGAAGUUUUCCUUGUGGGAGGUUGUGUACGGGAUCUUAUCCUAGGACGAACACCAAAGGACUUUGAUGUAAUAACUUCGGCUGAGCUGAAAGAGGUUAUGAGAACAUUUUCCCGUUGUGAGAUAAUUGGAAGACGGUUUCCUAUCUGCCAUGUGCAUAUUGAUGACAGCAUUGUAGAGGUUUCAAGUUUUAGCACAUGUGCAACAAAGUCUGGGAGAAGCUUUAGUUUGGCGUUUGAAAGACCUUUUGGCUGUGACCAGAAGGAUUAUGUUCGCUGGAAGAAUUGCUUGCAGCGAGACUUCACAAUAAACGGAUUGAUGUUUGAUCCCUAUGCCAAAAUAGUCUAUGACUAUAUGGGGGGACUGGAAGAUAUUAAGAAAGCUAAAGUGCAAACUAUAGUUCCUGCUAGUUUUUCUUUUCUGGAGGAUUGUGCUCGCAUUCUGCGCGCAGUGAGAAUCGCUGCCCGCUUGGGAUUUCGUUUCUCAAAAGAGACAGCUCAAGCUGUGAAAAAUUUAUCCUGUUCAGUCCUAAAGCUUGAUAAGGGAAGGCUCCUCAUGGAAAUGAAUUACAUGCUGGCAUAUGGUUCUGCAGAAGCUUCCUUGAGGCUAUUGUGGAGAUUUGGUCUUUUAGAUAUACUUCUACCAAUCCAGCUUCAUUUUGCAGGCAGCAUAUUUUGUGCGCCAUACUUUUCGGAGACGUGACAAGAGGUCUAACAUGCUUUUGUCUCUGUUUUCUAGCCUGGAUAAACAUCUGGCACCCGAUAGGCCAUGUCACAGUAGCUUAUGG